AAAACCUCGUGACUACGGGUCAUUGGUCAAGUCUUUGAGAGAUUCUUGAACGUUCUGAGAAACUUCAGCGCAAAAAGCAUGAAACGAAAUGUCGCUCAAGCUGCGCGGAACAAAGAAUGGGAGGAGGUUCGACGACUGGUUGAACAAGGAGAGAACGUGAAUACUGUGGAUGGAGGUGUUAGACGCACUGCUCUACAUUAUGGCGUCAUCUGGGAAAAUCUCGAGAAUUGUUCGUUCUUAGUUACUGUCACGAGGUGUGAACGUCAAUCCGACAGACAAGGAUGGAAAUCAGCCUCUUCAUGCCGCUGCUCGUCUGUUCAACUAUUAGUGGAUUGUGGAGCAGAUGUAAAUGCAUUGACUAAAAGUAGACAAACACCACUACACACAGCAGCUGGUGGUUACAGAGAGUGCCCUGAAUUGUGUUCUAUUCUACUAGAGCAUAAAUCUAAGAUUGAUGCAGUGGAUGAAGAUGGCAACCAACCAUUACACUUGGCAUGCCAGCGAAUGUAUUUUGCAACUGUAAAUUUAUUACUAUCUUAUGGGGCUGAUGUGACUGCUCUAGACAAGCAAAAAAGAAGACCUUUACAUUUGGCAAGUAAAUCCAUAUUGAAAACUAGCUUGUAUAUGGAUGAUCUUGGUCUUAUAGUAGUAGAUCAUGAUCAUGAUGGUAGUCGUGCUUUGAGUUAUGCUGUGCAUAAAGCAGCUGAAGGUGGUGACAUUCAAACUGUUCAACUAUUAGUGGAUUGUGGAGAAAAUGUAAACGCAUCAAAUAAACUUGGACAAACACCACUAUAUAAAGCAGCUGGUGGUUACAGAGAGUGCCCUGAAUUGUGUUCUAUUCUACUAGAGCAUAAAGCUAAGAUUGCUGUAGUGGAUAAAGAUGGAAACCAUCCACUGCACUUGGCUUGUAAACGAGGUCAUACAAGAACAAGUCGUUUGUUGGUCUCUAAUAGAGCAGAUAUAAAUGCAGUGAAUAAAACUGAACAAACACCACUACAUACAGCAGCCGGUGGAGAGAAAGACUAUCCUGAAAUGUGUACUUCUCUACUAGAACAUAAAGCCACGAUUGAUGCUGUGGAUAAAGAUGGCAACCAACCACUACACUUGUCAUGCAAGCAAAGGCAUUUUGCAACUGCAAAUUUAUUUCUAUCUUAUGGGGCUGAUGUGACUUCUCUAAACAAGCAAAAAAGAAAACCUCUACAUUUGGCAAGUGAUUCCAUAUUGAAAUCUGCUAAAGUACGUGAUGGUAGUCAUGCUUUGCAUAUAGCAGUUAAAGAUGGUGACAUUCAAACUGUUCAACUAUUAGUGGAUUGUGGAGCAGAUGUAAAUGCAUUGACUAAAAGUAGACAAAAACCACUGCACACAGCAGCUGGUGGUUACAGAGAGUGUCCUGAAUUUGGAUGA